GCGAUAUGGAGCUUAACCUCGUAGUCCCAGUCGAGCCCGGAGCAAUGAGAGAGAAAGGAGACGAAGAAAUCAAGGGAAGGCUGUGGCGCGUGACCGGCCCUCACAGCCCUGAACAAAUCAAGCACCUCAAAUUUCACUGUAUCUCCUAUGUUUGGGGGUCAGGCACUGAAGAACCUGGAAAUUUUUUCGAUUGCAAGAGACCGAUCUCAGACAGGACUCGUCUGGCUCUCGAGGCUGCGAUCAAGGCUGCUGAGCUAUUGAAACGUGAAGAUUUCAGGCCCCAAAUUGAGAAAGUCGAGGCUUUCUGGAUAGAUGCCUUGUGUAUCCCACAGUUGGAAGGAGAAUCACGACAGGCUACUCUUGAGAGCAUGGGUUAUAUUUACAGCUCGGCAGUAUCCGUGAUCAUCGUGCUCCAAGGGCCCAUUUGGAAUAUCAUCGAGACAGCAGCUGCCGGGCAAUCACCUUCCCCCUUCCCAGCGUCCGAGCUUCGAGCCCUCGAGCAAGAUAAAUGGAUCAGUCGAGUUUGGACGUAUCAAGAGCUCGUCAACGGAGCAGACACUUACUUCACUACUACCAAUCCUGGCGUUGGGACUCCUGUUGUCCAGGUACAGCGAUUCUUGAAUUGCGUUGGAGCCUCGUUGAACAGGUGGAAGAAAGAGAAUGAGCAGGGAGAGAUGGGAGUCUUGGACAACUUCCCUCAUCUCAGCAUCCUCGAAGAGGCAUUAGGAGAUAUGUUAAUGAGCGGAUAUCUAGAGCGGACUGCUUUGGGUAUUCUCUCCAACAUUGGGCUUCGAGAUCUCGAUGUCAAUUUCCCCCAGAACAGGCUCCUGGCUUGCCUUGGUGCAUUGACUAAGGAAGCCUCCUGGGGUGCUGCAUCUAAUAGUCUGGAAAAAUUGGCAGAUAAGUUGAUGGAAUUGUGUGAAGCAAGGAAUGACUACUCAUUCAUCUAUACAUCAGAUGAAAGGAGCGACGAGAUGGGGCUGAGGUGGCGGCCAAAUUCGAAUGGACCAGCACAUUUGAUCCCCGUUAUCAACUGGUAUAGCUCAAUCCCAGCAUUCGAUCUCAUUGGGACGACACAGAAUGCACAUGGGGACGAGGGUGGAUUUUGGCUGGACAACUUGAUUCGACUCCGACCCUCUGCGAGCAUCGAUCCACACGCGGUUAAGCAGAUCGAAAGAUAUCUCUUUGGUUACCAUGAACCCGAUAAUCCGACCCACAUACAGAUCGGGAUAUUCAAACCUGGGAUUGGGGAAACUCCCGACUGGAGAGAAGAUCUGUUGAAAUUUCUUCUCAAGAUUGGGUUUACCGGAUGCCGUGAACCUCAGAUCUGUGAGAUGGGAUUGUUCUAUUCCCAAAGGGACAUUCGGGAUCUUGAAGAGGUAGAGCUAUUCGCUGCUUCUAGCAUUGUUUGGAAAUUUGGGAACCCAGGGCUGGCGCGAUGGAAGGAACAUGGGAUAGUAAAGUAUUGUGCUGGCGUCUACGCUGGGCGCUUGAAGCAGGAGCAAGCCGAGUCAGUAUUGAUGAUCUAA